CAAGGAGAGCAGAUAAACGCAGGAUGCAAGUCGGCGCGGCAAUUUCGGCGGCGUCCUCUCCAUCCAUCUCCCUCACCCUCCCGCGCCGCCUCAACACGGCGCCAUCCUCAUCACGAACCCACCAAACAAACAAAAGGCGGACCCAACUCCCCCUCCUCCACCUUCCCCGGAGCACAAAUCUCCCCUCCCAAUCCCCACCCCCGUCGGUAGCCAAUCGCGUCGACGAUGCUGGGCGCCGCGAGGAGAUCCGGAUGCGUGCUGGGGCAACUGAUGCAGACCCUCCGCCCGGCGGCAACGGCGGCGAGGAGCUACUCCGCGACCCCGAAGGAGAUGACUGUGCGUGAAGCAUUGAAUUCCGCUCUUGACGAGGAGAUGUCUGCCGACCCUUCUGUUUUCUUAAUGGGAGAAGAGGUUGGAGAGUACCAAGGUGCGUACAAGAUAACAAAGGGUUUGCUGGACAAGUAUGGUCCCGACAGGGUUCUCGAUACACCAAUCACAGAGGCUGGUUUUACUGGCAUUGGCGUUGGUGCUGCCUACCAAGGUCUUAGACCUGUAGUAGAGUUCAUGACAUUUAACUUCUCGAUGCAGGCAAUUGAUCACAUCAUCAAUUCAGCUGCCAAAUCAAACUACAUGUCAGCUGGUCAGAUAUCCGUUCCUAUUGUUUUUCGAGGACCAAAUGGGGCAGCUGCUGGAGUUGGUGCUCAACACUCGCAGUGCUAUGCAGCAUGGUAUGCCCAUGUUCCAGGAUUGAAGGUCCUAACUCCCUAUUCUGCAGAAGAUGCUCGAGGCUUGCUAAAAGCAGCAAUCAGGGAUCCAGACCCUGUUGUUUUCCUGGAAAAUGAACUACUCUAUGGUGAAUCGUUUCCUAUUAAGGCUGAAGUACUUGAUUCUAGCUUCAGUGUCCCAAUUGGCAAAGCUAAGGUAUGUUCUUUAGUGGUCGGGAAGAGUUUAGUUCUGUCAGAUUUUUUGUAUGGAUUGCCAGUAAGAGCUUUUUUUUUUGGUUUCACCUUGUUUUUUGAUCUGCAGAUAGAACGGGAAGGAAAAGAUGUUACAAUUACUGCAUUCUCUAAGAUGGUUGGGUAUGCUCUUCAGGCUGCAGAGAUACUGUCCAAGGAGGGAAUCAGUGCUGAGGUGAUCAACCUUCGGUCAAUUAGACCAUUGGAUAGAGCUGCUAUCAAUGCAUCCGUUAGGAAAACCAACAGAUUGGUUACCGUUGAAGAAGGCUUUCCACAACAUGGUGUUGGUGCUGAAAUAUGCAUGUCCGUAGUGGAGGACAGCUUUGAGUAUCUUGAUGCACCAGUUGAGAGGAUUGCCGGAGCUGAUGUACCGAUGCCCUAUGCGGCAAACCUUGAAAGAUUGGCAGUUCCACAGGUUGAGGACAUCGUCCGUGCAGCAAAGCGAGCUUGCUACAGAUCAUCAUCCAUGGCGGCAAACGCCUAAAGCACAAAUGCAAGUUUUGUUUCUCGGCCUUCUUCUUCCUUCCUUGUCCAGAAAAGAUGUACCGAAUCGCAUAAUUGUAUCCCCCAACUCGUGUGAGCUAAUUUUGUAGAUCUGCAUGCAUUGUUGAUUCCUAUCUGUCGGCGGCAGUCGGAUGACUGCAUUUAGUUCAUGGUUCAUCCCUAUACAUUUGAAUCAUGCAACCUCUGGAGGUUUACAUCA